GGACAUGAGGAACCUCCUCUCCACAGUGAAAGAGAAGAAAGUUGAAAUCGAGUCGAGAAGCCACGAUAGCAUUCACACCCGAAGGGGUCGCCUUCAAUGUUUGUUUCCUCUUGGUCUGUUACCGACAAACAAAAAACAGAAACAAAAACCAUAAAAAAUGGGCGCUUCCAUUUUCCCUCCAACUCCGCCUCCUUGAAUUUAACUUUUCCUUUUCCCUCCAACUCCCUCUCUUACAACAACCAUAACAAUAUCCCCCAAAUUGUUUUCGACUUCAAAACCCUCUCUCUCGUCAUGGAGGUUUCAACCGAAGCAGACUUUGACGUGCCUUCUAAAACCAAAACCCUAGAUUCCAAAUCUUUUAUUCAUGCUCAUGGCUUUUCUACUCAGUCACAGAUUGAAGCCCUAAAUAACGGGCUACUCGGAGACCCUGUGAUUUCCCCCAAUUCCGAGUUAAGCUGUGGAGGCCAGUGUUUGGUUCCUCUAUCAUCAAAUUCAAAUGGGUUUUCACUAACUUCAACUUCAAUGCCUCGCUCUGAAGAAACCCUAAUCGGCACUUUGCUUCCUCAUAUCUUAACCUCAGGUAGCCAGAUCUCGGUUUCUUCCCAGUCAAAUCAGGACUGGUCUGGGUCUUUAGUAGCUAAUGGUAACGAAGAUGGGUUUCUAUUAGAUUCUGACCAGCGCUUGGUCGCUCGUUGUGAUAAUGACAAUGCUAUUUUUGAUGUUGAUAAUAGAGAACCUGAUUCACCUAUGCGAGCAGAACCUGAGAAUUCGUGGCUUGUUCAUGGAGAUGUUGAGCAUGAGGAAGGGGGUCUUGGUGAUGAUGGUGAGAAAGAGGAUCCAAGGCAAAUUUUUCGUUGUGAACCUAAUUAUCACCAAAUUUAUCAUCGUCGGGGUCAUUUUGAUCCUGAAUUCCAAGAAAAUCAUCCGGAUUUGUCUCCUCCUUGGAUUAAGAGGUUUCGUGGAUCACAGGUUCCUCAAUGGAGGAAUCGUUGGGAUGACAGAGAGAAGACAAGGAAUCAAGAAUACGGGCCUCCUGGUUUUAUGCAGGAAACUGGACCUACUGGUGUGGGUGCUGGGCUUUUUAAUAAAGGAAACACGUGCUAUAUUAAUGCAGUCCUGCAAUGCUUUACGCAUACGGUGCCUCUUGUUCAGGCUCUUCGUUCUUGCAACCAUGCAAUGCCCUGUAGAACUGAAGGAUUCUGUGUUCUUUGUGUUAUCCGUGAUCACAUUGAACUUUCUUUAGCUUCAUCUGGAAAGAUCCUCGAGCCUUUGAAACUUGUCAACAAUUUGGACAGUAUUUCAUCAUUUUUUCAUCGGUAUCAGCAGGAAGAUGCCCAUGAAUUCCUCCAAUGCUUGUUAGAAAGACUUGAGAGGUGCUGUUUGGAUUCAAGCCUAACUGAUGACAUCUCAUCCUCCCAAGAUAAGAACAUAGUUGAGCGGGUAUUUGGAGGUCGUCUUGUGAGCAAAUUGCGAUGCUGCAAUUGUGGUCACUUUUCUGAUAAGUAUGAGCCGCUGAUUGACCUGAGUUUGGAGAUUGAAGAUGCGGACACGCUUCAAAUGGCACUGGAGUCAUUCACCAAUGUGGAGAAAAUUGAAGAUUCAGAGACAAAGUUUAUGUGUGAAAACUGCAAGGAAGAAGUUUCUAGGGAAAAGCAGCUUAUGCUGGACAAGGCUCCUUCAAUUGCUGCUCUGCAUUUGAAGAGAUUCAAGAUUGAUGGGACCUCUGUUGAGAAGAUUGGCAAGCAUGUGGAGUUUCCAUUGGAGUUGGACUUGAAGCCCUACAUCAAUGACAAUGAUUACAAUGAUGUGGGCUUCAAGUACCAGCUGUAUGCGGUUGUGGUGCAUAAAGGAUACACACUUACUUCCGGACAUUACGUCUGCUAUAUAAGAUCCUCUCCAGACACAUGGCAUAAGUUGGAUGACCCAGAAGUCAGCAAGGAAAGGGAAGAAUUUGUGCUAUCUCAAGCUGCCUACAUUCUGUUCUAUGCCAGGGAGGGCACACCAUGGUGUUCGAGUUUGAUUAAACCACAAGAGUUUUGCUUGGAUCGUAGCAACUCAAAUACAUCACCCAAGUCAGUUCUAGAUAAUGCUAAUAAUGAAUGCAUUAGUGUAGCAGAUAAAGAUAGUUUGGAGACCAGUGUAAUUAAGGAUGCAGUUGAGGCAACUUCAACUCACAUUCCGUGUGAGAGAGAGUUUGAAGAGAUUGUAUCUAGACAUGAAACUGAGGGAAUUUCCUUUCAGAUUUCCUGUGUCAACAUGGUUGAUGUUUCUCUGCCACAUGGAGUAAGUGAUGGCCACGAUGGAGUUUUGCAUGAUGAGAUGUUAUGUUUUCCACCUGUUGAAGAAGAUUACAGCAAUCAGUGUGCUGAGAAAAUUGGAAGAAAGGGUGAUCUUCGUCCCUCAGCCCCAUCCAGAUCACCCACUCCAGAUACAUAUUCUGGAGAACUGCCAGAAGCCAGACGUUGUAUUCCACGAGAACAUCUGAAAGUGGAGAACCAUGUAAAUUGUAAAAGAUCAUCUAAAAAGGUCACAAAGGAUUCGCAGACAGCUGAAGCUCUUAGAUGCAUCAAGAGAAUGCCAACUGCAAGGGGCAUGAAACUUAUGGCUGCCUUGCUUCCUAGGAAUGACAAGACCAGACCAAGAUCAUCUCCAUGUAAAAGGGCCAGCCCUCCUGGUUCUCGCCGUAAACCCAUUCGCGUGGCAGUUAUUCGAUGAACAUUUGAGGGUGUCUCAUUCGGCUGUCUUGGUCUUUGGCCAACUUAGAACUAAUAUACUUAAAACGCAAAGUUUAUACUUCACAGUGCAUAUUACCUUUAUGAGCUGCUUCUCAGUUUCCCUUGUGAUGUUGCUAAAGCAGGCAUUCUGUCUCUUGGUUUGGGUAUACUUUUUGGUCUGGGAAAUGUAAUGUUAAAAUGAAAUGAAGUUGAAUCUGUUGCAAUCUCGCAUUCGAAUU